CCUGCAAAGGGGGAGUAGAAUGCAAAGCAGCCCAGGUAGAGGAGCUCAUCCAGUUCUCGCUACAUCUCCUGGCUGGUGGCAGAAGGAGAAGCUGUACCGAAGUGGCAUGCCAGGCAGAAAACCAACAGAUAUCUUGGAAAGCCCAAAUGAUCCCCAGCAAGUAUAUCUCCAUCAUGGACCAGGUGCGCUGCAACUCAGGAUGGAAGAUCUCCUGGCGGGGACUGCUUUUAGCAGCCUCGGUCCUGAGUUCUUGCUUCCUGCACGCUCCAGCCCAGAUUGCCCCCACCUCUGCCAUCCACAUCACGAUGGAACCAGAACACCCGGUGCCAGGAGGCAGCAUCACCCUGCGGCCAGGAGGAGCCACCGAUCAGUUCAUGAGCUGCAGCUGGUACCAAGGCAGGAGCCCCCAUUCCAGGAAGCUGAUCUUGAUCCAUUACCUCCCGCCGUUUAACGGGCAGACCUACGGAGAAGGCUACUCCGGGCGGGAGACGGCCGGCCUUGGCUGUGCCCUCCGCGUCAACAAUUUGACGUCCAGCGACUCCGGAACCUACACGAUGAUCAAGAAAGGACCUGGGGUGCCUUUUGAAAUGGGGCAGGUGGACAUAAAGAUAGGGUUCUUCUCUGAUGGGUGAAGGGAUCUUUCAGGCUGUUUAACCCCCACAUUGGUUACAAGCUAGUUUUUCAUCUGUUUGCCCCAGAACAUCUCAAUGCAACCAAGGUCCACUCUGGCGGGAAGGUCUUACCGUGAUGAGCAUUCUGGGCUCCAGCAAUCCUGCAAAGCCGGUGUUUUUCCCAAUGCGGUCUCAACUUGGGUUCUUGAUGGGAACAGCCGAGGACUCGAACUGCUCACCUAGGCUGUUACCCUGGAGCAUUCUGGAAAUUUGACCUGUCUGGCAGAGAAUACACUUUCUUCCCAGAAGAGCAACACCACCCCAAAGACUAACGGAGUCCGGAUCCUGCAGAGAGAGAGCCCUACAGACACCAAGUUUGCCUGCUCUUUUAUGACAAACUGCUUGAUUCUGUUUUUAAAAUUACUCUUUAUUUCCUUUUAGUUGCUGCUUUAAU